AUGGAUAUCCUUGCUUUAUUUGAAACGCAUGCUGGAGGAGAGAAUGCUAGUCGAAUUUGUUGUGGUUUGGGAUUUGAAAAUUCGUUUAGGGUUGAUGCUGUUGGGCAGAGUGGGGGUCUUUGGUUACUUUGGCGGUCUGAUAAUGGUGAAGUCACGAUUAUUGAGUCGUCCGAACAAUAUAUAGUGGCGACAAUACAAAAUGGAGAUGAGUUGUUGAACCUGGUUGUUGUCUACACGGCACCAUCGGUAAGCAGAAGAUCAGGUUUAUGGGAUAAGCUGCGAGAGGUUAUUGAAGCUUUAGAAGGUCCUAUAGUGGUUGGUGGAGACUUUAACACUAUAGUCCGCAUUGAUGAGAGGUCAGGAGGGAAUGGAAGAUUAUCUCCUGAUUCCUUGGAGUUUGGAGAUUGGAUCCAAAGGUUAUCUUUGAUUGACAUGGGGUUUCUAGGCAAUAAGUUUACUUGGCGGAGAGGAAGAACUGAGAAUAACUUUAUUGCGAAGAGGUUGGAUAGAGUAUUGUGUUGUGCUCACUCUAGGUUGAAGUGGCAGGAUGCUAGUGUGACACACUUACCCUUUCUAGCGUUGGAUCAUGCUCCGCUAUAUCUACAACUAUGUCCUGAUGUGGUGAGAGAUGCUAGUCGACGACCCUUUCGGUUUGAAGCGGCGUGGCUGAAGCAUCCUAGCUUUAAAGACCUUUUGGUUGCAUCAUGGGAUGUUCAACUAAAAACACCAGAGGCCUUGAUUGCAUUACAGGUUACUCUUAAAAAGUGGAAUCGUGAUGUUUUUGGAGAUGUUUAG